UCUAUAAGUCAAUCUUGAAUUUGGGUUGGCCCAUGUUAUGUGGUCUGAAUUUCUGGGUUGUCCCUUUCGGAAUCCGAGUCAUCGGAAAACCAGUUGCCACAACUUGAACUACAAUCCCAAUUCCCACCCAACCAAAAUCCACUGCAAAAACAAGACAAAGAUUACGAGGGAAAUGCGAGUGAUGAGCACUGCCUCCGCCGCUCUCACAUCAACAAUUUUCGGCAACCAGACUCCUCGCAAUCGGAGAUGGACGGAAAUCUCCCACCCCCCGCCGAUGAAGGCCUUCGCCGUGAGGGCCGCCGCCUCUCCCACCGGGAAGGAGAGGAAGAGGAAGAACAAGCGGAAAAUAGAGGAGACGCCGCCUCCCCCGCCGCCGCCGCCGGAAGAUGAGGAGGAGGCGGCGUCGGCGACGGCGGUGAUCAAGAGCCGGCUAGAUGAAGUGAAUCCGGUGGGGCUGGGGCGGAGGUCGAGGCAGAUAUUCGAUGAGGUGUGGAGGAAAUUCUCGGGGCUGGGGCAGAUCUCGAGGACGACAAGGAAGGACGACGAGGAGGCGGCGCUGCUCAUCAGGGAGGGAGGGCCCAUGUGCGAGUUCGCCGUCCCCGGCGCCCAGAACACCACCGUGCUCGUCGUCGGCGCCACCAGCCGCGUCGGCCGCCUUGUCAUCCGGAAGCUUAUGCUUAGGGGCUACACUGUUAAGGCUUUAGUGAGGAAAGCAGAUGAAGAAGUGGUGGACAUGCUUCCGACUUCCGUGGAGAUUGUGACUGGAGAUGUUGGUGAGCCUUCGACUCUGCAAGCUGCUGUUGAAGGCUGCAACAAGAUCAUCUAUUGUGCCACAGCCCGCUCCUCCAUCACUGGGGAUCUUAUUAGAGUUGAUCAUCUCGGUGUCUAUAAUCUCACCAAAGCAUUUCAGGACUAUAACAAUAAGCUUGCACAACUACGAGCUGGGAAAAGCAGCAAAAGUAAGCUCUUGAUCACAAAGUUCAAGUCUGAAGAUUCGUUGAAUGGAUGGGAGGUACGCCUGGGAACUUAUUUUCAGGACGUUGUUGCUGCUAAGUAUGAUGGAGGAAUGGAUGCUAAGUUUGAGUUCACCGAGGAUGGAAAUGCAGUUUUCUCAGGAUACGUUUUCACUAGAGGAGGCUAUGUUGAUUUGACAAAGAGACUCUCACUUCCUCUGGGAUGCACCCUCGACAGGUAUGAGGGUCUGGUGUUCUCCGUUGGUGGUAAUGGAAGAUCAUACGUCGUGAUUCUUGAAGCCGGUCCUCUGGCCGACACUUCACAGAGUAGAAUGUACUUUGCGAGGAUUAGCACAAAAGUGGGGUUUUGCAGGGUGAGGCUGCCAUUUUCGUCGUUUCGAGCUGUGAAGCCAGAUGAUCCCCCACUGGAUCCCUUCCUUGUACACACAUUGACUAUUCGUUUUGAGCCUAGGCGCCAGAGAACCCUUGAAGGACCUGUCGGAGGAAAACAAGACUUGAGAAGCUUCCAAUUGAUUUUGGAAUAUAUUAAAGCUUUGCCUACGGGGCAAGAAACGGAUUUUAUCUUAGUUUCAUGUACGGGAUCAGGAAUAGAAGCUACACGAAGGGAGCAGGUUCUCAAGGCUAAGAAGGCCGGGGAAGAUUCAUUGAGACGAUCAGGCCUUGGUUACACAAUUAUUCGUCCCGGUCCCCUAGUGGAAGAACCGGGUGGGCAACGAGCUCUCAUCUUUGAUCAAGGAAACCGAAUAUCACAGGGAAUAAGCUGCGCAGAUGUUGCUGAUAUAUGCGUAAAAGCAUUGCAUGACGCAACAGCAAGAAACAAGAGCUUUGAUGUGUGUUACGAGUAUGUCGCCGAGCCCGGAAAAGAACUCUACGAGCUGGUUGCUCACUUGCCCGACAAAGCGAAUAACUAUCUAUCGCCGGCCCUUUCGGCUCUUGAGAAGAAUACUUGACAUAUAUACAUGCUCUAGCUGUGCCAUUGGCAGUGUCCAGUUUUUGUGUUUUUUUUUCUCUAAUUUUCUUGUGUUGUUCGAGGGUAUAUAUUGUAAUAUAGGCUUUGAAUGCAUCAAGAAUUCGACAAUGUUCCAUCAUUUUGCAAGCACUGUGUACAAAAUUCACUUUGUUGUGUACCUAUACAUGUAUAUAUUCAAACGAACAAGCCUUUCUGUGUAUAAUAUAGUGAUAAAAGAUUAUUUGGUGAAGAUUCUUUCAAAUA